AUGGCGAGCGUGCAGCCGGGCUAUUCUCAUGCCGACCUACAUGACGACGAAUCGCUCCUUGACGAUGACCUGAUUGAAGCCGACCACGACAUCGAGGCCGAUGAUCCCUUACACACCUCCGACACAGCCCCUCUGCGAGGCAACAUCGCAUCCGACUCUGGCUCCCGAGGCAGCCGCGUAGACGGCUAUGGCAACUACCUGACCUCCUCGAUUCCCGGUGAGGAUCGCCGCGCGACUCAAAAUACCAUCGAUGAGACUGUUUGGGCCACCCUAUCGCGCGACCUGAUCGCCGUCUGGGAAAAGAUGCGCCAGGUGCUCUGGCCCAAAUACUUACUGGGCGGUAUGAUGCAGCGCGGUGGAGGAGGUAUGGGUGAUGCUGCCGAACGAGGCGAGGCAUCUGGAUUCGGUCGCAACCUGCGCGGGAUCGUGGGUCGCUGGCCAGAUGCCGAUGUGGUUCUGCAGGGUGGCAUGAGUGAAGGGUUGCGCGACUGGGAUCUUUGGGGCCCGCUUGUCUUCUGUUUGGUUCUGAGUUUAUUCCUAUCCGUCGCGAAGGGCGACCAGGCCUCGUUGGUCUUCUCGGGUGUCUUCUGCAUCGUCUGGAUCGGAGAGGCAGCUGUCACUCUGCAGAUCAAGCUUCUUGGCGGAAAGAUCUCCUUCUUCCAGUCAAUUUGCAUCAUCGGUUACACACUCUUCCCACUGGUCAUUGCCGCACUCCUCAGUGCCUUGGGCCUUCCGACAAUUGCCAGAAUACCCGUCUAUCUUGUCCUUGUGGCAUGGUCAUUGGCUGCAGGCGUUAGUAUUCUGGGUGGCUCGGGUGUGGUGCGCAACCGCGUCGGCAUCGCGGUAUACCCGCUGUUUGUGUUUUAUAUUGCGAUUGGAUGCCUCUGUUUCAUUAGUUAA